AUGUCGUCACCGGUUUUCAGCAGUGUCGACGCCUACAAGCCGGCAUCGAUCCGCGAGGAGUCUGGUUAUGCCUCUGCCGAGUCGAGCCAGGAGAGCCUGCCGGAAAUCUACUUCACCAGGCCUCAUCUGAAGUACAUCAAUGCUCAGCUAGCUAAGCUCGAGCCUCAGGAGAUUCUCCGAUGGUGCAUCACAUCUCUGCCUGGUCUCUUCCAGACGACUGCCUUUGGUCUUACUGGCUUAGUCACCGUGGACAUGCUCUCCAAGCUUGAUGGACCCCUGAAGCACAACAUCGACUUGAUCUUCUUGGACACUCUUUACCACUUCGAUGAAACGUAUGCUCUUGUCGACCGCGUCAGGAGGCGAUACGGAACCCCGGUCCAUGUCUACAAGCCUGCAGGCUGCGAAAACGUCAAGGACUUUACUGCCAAGCACGGUGACAAGCUAUGGGACACAAACGAUGAGCUCUACGACUACGUCGCAAAGGUCGAGCCUGCCGAGCGUGCCUACUCUGAGCUGCAGGUCAAGGCUGUUUUGACUGGGCGACGUCGCAGCCAGGGUGGAAAGCGUGGUGACCUGGACAUUGUCGAGGUUGACGAGGCUGGUCUCAUCAAGGUCAACCCCCUGGCCAACUGGAGCUUUGCUCAAGUCAAGGAAUACGUUGACGCAAACGAUGUGCCGUACAACGACCUGCUCAACCGGGGCUACAAGAGCGUUGGUGACUGGCACUCGACGCAGCCCGUGGCUGCUGGCGAGGACGAGCGAUCAGGACGAUGGAAGGGCAAGAACAAGUCCGAGUGCGGUAUCCACAACCCCAAGUCGCGGUACGCUCAAUUCCUCCAAGAGCAGGAGAUGAAGCGACAGAACGAGGAUCUUGCCAACAAGCUGCAACAAGUGUCGUUGGCCGUCUAG